GUUUUUCACCCCUUCUCCUCCCACCUCUCCGUCCCUCUACCUCUCCCUCUCACUCGCCCACAGACGCUCACUUUUCUCCACCAGGCUUCAAACACGCUGCAGAGGAUGUCCAUAGUUAAUAUUGUUGCCAGGGAGAUCCUGGACUCCAGAGGAAAUCCCACUGUGGAAGUAGAUCUGCAUACAGACAAAGGUCUGUUCAGGGCUGCUGUGCCCAGCGGUGCGUCCACCGGCAUCUAUGAGGCUCUGGAGCUCCGAGAUGGAGACAAGACUCGCUACAAGGGCAAAGGUGUGACAAAGGCCGUCGGUCACAUCAAUGACACACUUGGACCUGCCCUUGUCGAGGCGGGCGUCAAUGUGCUGGAGCAGGAGAAACUGGAUAACAUGAUGAUUGAAAUGGACGGUACUGACAACAAAUCUAAGUUUGGGGCCAAUGCUAUUCUGGGAGUAUCACUGGCCAUAUGCAAAGCUGGUGCAGCAGAGAAAGGUGUCCCCUUGUACCGUCACAUUGCGGAUCUUGCAGGAAACGGAGAGCUGGUCCUACCAGUUCCUGCAUUUAACGUGAUCAACGGGGGCUCCCAUGCUGGCAACAGACUGGCUAUGCAGGAGUUCAUGGUGCUUCCCGUCGGGGCGGAGUCUUUCCGUGAUGCUUUGCGUGUGGGAGCUGAGCUUUACCAGACCCUGCGAGGUGUCAUCAAGGAGAAGUAUGGUCAGGAUGCUACAAAUGUGGGAGAUGAGGGAGGGUUUGCCCCAAAUAUACAGGAGAACAGCGAAGCCCUGGAGCUGAUAAAGACGGCCAUAGAGAAGGCGGGCUUCACGGACAAAGUGGUGAUAGGGAUGGAUGUCGCCGCUUCAGAGUUUUUCAUCGAGGGCAAGUACGACCUAGACUUCAAGUCUCCGCCCAACGCUGCCCGCAACAUCAGUGGUGAGGAGCUGGCCAGCAUCUACCAGGGCUUCAUCAACAACUAUCCAGUUGUGUCUAUUGAAGACCCUUUUGACCAGGACGACUGGCCUGCUUGGUCACAGUUCACGGCCUCCGUCGGCAUCCAGGUGGUUGGAGACGAUCUGACGGUCACUAACCCGCGCAGGAUUCAACGAGCAGUGGAGGAUAAGGCCUGCAAUUGCCUGCUGCUCAAAGUCAACCAGAUUGGCUCUGUCACAGAGGCCAUCAAGGCGUGUAAGCUGGCCCAGGAGAAUGGCUGGGGUGUGAUGGUGAGCCAUCGCUCUGGGGAAACGGAGGACACUUUUAUAGCUGACCUGGUGGUUGGUCUCUGCACCGGACAGAUCAAGACUGGAGCUCCCUGUCGAUCAGAACGUCUGGCCAAAUACAACCAGCUCAUGAGGAUCGAGGAAGAGUUGGGUGACCAGGCCCGCUUUGCUGGGCACAAUUUUCGCAACCCCAGUGCCCUUUGAGUGCCAAGGCAGUGGCGCAUAAGAAAGCAAAACACAUACAAAUACAUAUAGUUAUAUUUCACUUGUAAUGAGAAAAAAUGACUCACUUGUUUCCGCAAAUUUCAAACCCACUAAGACACAAUCACUAAGUUUUCAAAAUUAAAAAAACACAUAUAUCACGCACUGUAUUUGCAGCACAUUGACCUCAUAUUUUAACAAGUGACUGACGUAACUGAUCACAGCUAGUUGCACCAAUUCAGUGUUGCCUCUCAGCACAGACUCGCACUAACCUUAUUGCACUUGUUAGUAUCUUUCUCUAUGCUGAUCCCUCUGACCGUGUCUUUGUGACUCACUGCAGAAACAUUUGGAUCUUUGUGCCCUGUUGUUGUUCCUCCUCCUCUUCCUCUUCGUGUUGUUUCUGAUGUGAAUACUAAGCAGCUUGCUACAAAACUGUGUGUGUGUGUUGCUUUGUCUGUCAAAGGUUGAACUGAAUACUGAGAUGGAUAAAUGUUACGUCAAACCAAA